UUCCGAACGGUUUGGGUGCGUUUUUCCGGAACGCCUGGCACGCUUUGGGACCGAUACGGACAACAUAUAGCCGAACGAAGAGAGCAGUGCCAGUGCCGGUUAUAGGGCAAGUGUGUGCAGCAGUAGGUACAUUUAGUAGUGCAUCCAUCGACCAAUCCUAGCGGCUCUUGAAAGGUUCGGUUUUUGCUCUUUGAUCCUCCGUUUUUUAAACACUAUAAAAUUACAUGGUUCACCUGAAUGUAACCACUACUGUUUGUGUAGAUUGUGAGUGAAUCAAAAUUAGUGAAGUGAACCAAGAAAACUCCUUUUGAAACGAGUUCUACAAAAAAAUAAUUUGUGUGCAAGUUGUAAGCGAAAAACAAAUAAAUUACGUGUUCGUGAAUCCCGAAUAUAGUUUCCGAGGAUACAAUAAAGUAAAUUUGGUUUGCAACAAAACUUCAACAGUUCUGUAAUACAAGGCUGAUCCUUCAAUCGAUCCAACGAUGAUAACGACGAGGCACUAGAAAACUCCGGAUGUGUGGACCGUCAGCUGAAGAAAAUGGUUAAGCAGAGGAGUCACUUUUGCUUCCGUUUAUCCAGUAUUGUUGCACCAUUCCGAGGCUGGCCUAGUCUUAGCUCUGGUGCCACAGGAAGUAAUAUUGGCCAUCACCGGGGUUCAGCGAGUAGAACCGUUCAAUGGAAAACCAUUCAAUUGCUGCUGAUAGUGCUGGUGUACUGCAAUGGCCUGAGCAGUGGAAAUUGGUGGCGAGUGGCGGAUUUGUCGUUGGAUGUGAAACAUUUUCAUCGGGACAAUCGGAGUUUUGAGAUUUGCAGUGAUAACACUUUUUUCACCCAGUAUCAGCGAGAAAUUUGCUACAACAAUCCAGAGCUGCUGAAGGUUAUUGUGAAUGCAGCUAACAUCGCCAAAUAUGAAUGCCAAAACUAUUUCCAAAACAGUCGAUGGAACUGCUCAGUCAAACGUGAACAGGAAAUUUUCUACGGAAAUUUCGAUGAAAAAGGAAAUCGCGAAACAGCCUAUCUCAGUGCAAUAAACUCGGCCUCGCUAGCGUGGACCAUAACACGAUACUGCACCAAGGGGGAACUGACAACGUGCACCUGCGAUCACAUCCAGCGAAAAAAGCACAGCAAGUGGACCUGGGGCGGUUGUUCCGAGGACGUCAACUACGGCAUCAAACAGGCCCGGCAGUUUGUGGACCAGCAGGAGGAUCGACAAGCUAGCUUCGGGUUGAUGAAUCUGCACAACAAUGAGGCCGCUCGAAGAACACUUCGGGCCAAGAUGCAGAAAGUCUGCAAAUGCCAUGGGAUGUCCGGAUCUUGCACCACUCGAGUUUGUUGGCGCCGGUUGCCUCCGAUGAAGGCUAUGGCUGACACUCUUGGAACGAUGUUUGAUGCGGCUGCUCUAGUCAAGCCAGUCGAAAAUAAAGGAGUUAUCAAAAAACUCAAAAGAAAGGACUCUCAAUACAAGAAAGUCAACAAGUCGGACCUGGUCUACAUUGCCGAAUCUCCCGAUUAUUGCGAGGAAAAUGACAGCCUUGGCAUCUUCGGCACCCGGGGUCGAUUCUGCAACCGGACAUCGUACGGCAUCGAGGGCUGCCGGUUGCUGUGCUGCGGCCGCGGCUACCAAACACGAAUCCGAACCGUGGACGAGAAGUGCAACUGCAAGUUCGUCUGGUGCUGUUCGGUCAAAUGUGACACCUGCACCGUACGCAAGGACGAGUACAUUUGCAACUGAACCGGUGUUUGAUUGGAUUGGUUCUUUCUCCUUCUUCUCUAAAUUGUAUUCUUCUUUUGAAUGGAACGUCGUCGUCACGUCACACACGUUGGAUAUCGAUUUGAUCAGUGUAUAUUAAAGUUUUAUGGGGAACGUUUUAAAGGAAAAAUUUGACCGCACAAACCGCCAUUUUUGCACCCACAUAAACAACAUACACACAUACCCAAACUCAACGAAAACAUUUCCGUCUUCGAGUUAUUUUGUAUAUUUUUGAGAAAUAUUUAAUGGACUUAGAAAGUAAGGUAACCCAAUUGUCAAGUGAAAAUAAAAGCGGAAAAUAAUUUUAACCGAUCCAUGUGAAAAAAGAGAUAAAAUUUGAUAGUGCGAACACAAGUAUUUAUUUUGUAACUUUAUGGUGUCCGGUUCAAUGAAAAAGAUUGCGUUUCUUUGAAGACUAAAAAGUUUAGAUUCAUUUUUGUCAAUCCUGAUUUCAAUUCUUGUUUAUUGACGAACUUUUAGCUUAAAUAAAAUUUAAAAUAAGAUUCAAACAGGUCCAAAUACUUUUAACAUUCAGUGUCAAAAUAUCGUAAAAUAAAAAUUAAAUAAAUACAAAUCCAAAUUUCAUAUCUUGAACUGGACCCGAAAAGUUGUAACUCUCAUUUCAUCAUCAUCCCGAUUAAACACGAAAAACGAACAAAUCGUAACAAAUUCAGUAUUUCGAAGAAGCAAUUUAUUACACAGUAAGAAUAAAAUAUGUGCAUUCUGUGAUUUUUCUUUGUUUUUGUAGUGUUUAUUUUAUUAUACUUAUACAUACAUCUAGUGCAAGUUAAGUAGUAAGGCAUUUCGAUGUAAGAAGUAAAUGUUAAGCUUAAUAAUAAGACACAAAGCUCAUACAAGCGACAUCAAAUAAACCAAUAGACAAAAUGAGAACUCGAACACAUCAAGUUUCAGUAGACGAAUUGGCACGUGGUAAAAAAAUCAAUGCUGCCAAAUGCCAUAGGAGCCAAACACUUAAAUACGAUCGUAUAACAAUGAACAAUUAAUCAAACUGCAUCCCAAAGUAGCACACUCAAAUGUAACUGUCACACACCCACACAUGUAUAAAACAAAUGAGAUGUACGUCGUGCAAAAGUAAACAAUUUAAAAAAAAAACAAUAAAAAUAUGAUGGUAAUUUUUUCACAUAAUAGUAGCAUUUACGUACUAAACACUUUCAAAAGCCAAUUAAAAAAAAAAACAAACAAAAAACAAAAUCUAAAUGAAUCUGCAUGCGCUCGUCUGUAUUUCGAUGGCACCAACCCGAAAAUAAAUGAAGAGAAAAUGUGAA